AUGUGGCCAGCCAGCACCACAGCCACGCCCGAGGAGCCAUGCGAUCUCGCUACUAAACCAUCAACGCCCACGGUCUCUCACCAAGAGCCUCGGCCGAGCUAUCUGUGUAUUCUCGACGAGUGCCUCCAAAAGUACGGGGCGAUGGAGCCCUUCCGCGCUCUUUUCGAUCCGAGCAUUUUUGGCACUGAUGCGGACGAACUUGAGACGACGGACACUACGAGCUCAACCGAGUCACUGCCGAUCCCUUGUUCGCCUGGCAGCGAGGGUUUCUCGUUCCAGGACAUUUAUACAAGUACCACAAUGCAGCAUUUUCUUCCUCCGGUUCCUGUGCUCAAGAAAUCACACCAUAACCUGGUACACAUCACCACCCCGGCGCAACGGCAGGAGUUCUCAUUGACCCUACCCGACUUAUGUCUGUCGGGUAGCGGCGCAUGGGCCUCUUUCUGCACCUCGUUCCCUGAUGAGUUUCUGUGGGAAGGAAUCGAAAGAGGUGAAUACGCUGACAGGGAAUAUUCUCGAAUGUCAGACCCACAUUCACCUUGCCAUCUGAAUAUCCACACACCUGGCAGCGACAGCAUGAUACUAUUUCGCAAAAUGUUCGACGACCAGUGCAGAGGUAUCAAAGAUAGCGAUCUGUACGGUCUGGUUGCAAAUAUAUCUAGCAUGAAUAUCAACGGAUGUACUUCUCCAUCUCUGUCUUCAGUAUCCGUGGAGAACUGCUCAAGCCUGUCAAGCAGUCUCACUUCUAGUCGACGGUCUUCGUGGGCCACCAGCAUCAGCACAUCUCACGACGGUGAAAACGAUCAGAAAUCAGCUUAUUUCCAUACAAAAUUUGACUUAGAGUCGGUUCGGACAGAAGAUGAUCUGGAUCUCCUGAAAGAUUUUCAGCACUACCACAAGCUUAUUGAUAAGGGCACUCCACAAAACUAUCACAACAGGUGCAUCGGCGCAGAAAGAACAAGCCAGCUGGGAAAUGAAGACGUGCUCACACCAGAAACGGCCGAAUCAAUCUCAGCGAAUUUUGCACACGUGGCUGGAAGGGAUGUAGUCUCCGACGGCCAGAAAGCAUCUGUCAUCAAAGCCGUGUGUCAUAUAGAAGCAAAACAUACACAACCAAACAACGCACCAGCUUUCAAUAGCCACGGUACUGCUACUCCAUCAUCACCUCCGGCAGAGGCAGCCGCCUGGGCGCACUCGUACUGCCACGCAGACCCCGAGUUUGCGAAGCUUAAACUACUCACGGACGACGGGGGCCGUGAGUACGUGCUAUACCGUGACUGUUUUCACUGCGUGCCCAUCGAGCUGGCUCCCGAAUUCGUGCGGGCUGUCGAGGCAGAUGAAUACGGGUGCGGGACUAUGUGCGACGACGUUAUAGGCGGCACUACGCUUGGGACAAUCCCGGAAGAAGAGAACGAGGGCUAG